AUGGAACGAGGCCAGAGCCCAACAAGGAGCCCAGAUUCCGCUGCUGCGUGCCCAGUAGUAGGCAGAACUUCUGUUACUCGCCUACUUGAACUCCCUGACGGACACCCAUUGUUUGAAUUCGACAAUGUCAAGUUCCUAGGCCUGAACUUGAAGCCAGGAGUUUCGGCCGUUAAUUUCGGAAGCUUCUUGGCUGCUACAUUUGUAUCGAUCUUGCUAUUUGUCUUCUUGAAUGGAUCUCAGUCCUUCUUGCUGUCGGACAUCAUUCAUUUAUCGAAAGAAGUGCUUGGACGUUCUGCUGGUGGAUUAUCAUUCGCCGAUGAGCUGUUUUCGCUCUUUGCAGUAGUUAUAUGGGGCAUCGUGUCCGAUUUUGUUGGAAGGAGAACCGUGUAUAGUGUGGGAUACAUUCUGAUGGGUUUGGGCCUGGCACUGUAUCCGUUGAUGGGGAGACUGUUGCCAGAUUUGUUGCUAGCUCGUUUGGUGUUCGCUUUUGGUGGAUCGUCUGCUUCGGCCAUGCUGACGGCUGUUUUAUCUGACUAUGGGACUGAAGAUCAUCGUGGAAGAAUGGCUGGAGUGAUAGGGAUGGCUUCUGGAUUGGGAGCUGUGACUGGCGCUUUAGUCAUGCUUCGAUUACCAGGCAUCAUUUCCACUGAAUGGUUUCACAGCCCAACUUCAUCAGCUCCCGGCCUCAUAGUCGUAUACGAAAGUUUAGCAGGAUUCUCAAUCCUAUUCGCCAUACUAUUAUUCUUUGGCAUGAAACGAACUGCACCCGCAUACCAUAUCGUGCCAUCAUCUGUAAACGAGGAUGAACCUAACGGCAGUGAGCAUCGACCACUCCUGUCAUCCCCGACACGACUACAACUACCUGAAGCAUCAACUAUACUUGGAAUGCUACAAGAUUGUCCUGUCGCAGUUCGAGAACCAAAGUCUUUAUACCAGAUAUUUAUAGAUGGUGCUUUAGCGGCUCGAUCACCUUCUGUAUUGCUGGGGUAUUUAGGUAGUGCAUUGGCUCGAGGAGACAGUAUCAUAAUCACGCUCUUCCUCUCUUUAUGGAUCAACAAGUAUUUUGAAACCGAGGGACUUUGUCCUGGAUUUGACCCACUAGAUCCAAAGGGGACAUGUCGAGCUGCAUACGUGCUUGCAUCGUCGUUAAGCGGGAUGGCUCAGAUGGCAGCUUUACUAGGUGCUCCACUGAUAGGAUAUCUGGUAGAUCGUGUGUACAAACCGUACUUGACGCUGGUAUCCUUGACUAUAGCAGGCCUUGGAUAUUUCUUGUUAUCCAUACUGGAUAAUCCAACAUCACCAAUAUUGUAUCCAGUAGUGAUAUUGAUUGGGCUGGGAGAAAUAGCCAUGAUUGUAGUGAGUUUGUCUCUGACAACAUCAUCGCAUGAUGUGCCUAGAGAGAGUCGAGGAUCUGUAGCAGGUUUCUCUAGUCUCUUUGGCGCUUUUGGGAUCUUGGCUACGACACAGAUAGGUGGUUGGCUAUUUGAUGAAUGGAGCUCUACAGGUCCUUUCUUACUCAUGGCUGUUGCACAUGCUAUUGCUCUUGUGUUUGCGGUGGUUGUCGUCUUGAAGGACGCAUCCUCGCAGCACCAACGUAUUUCGCAAAGUGAUUUGUAG